AUGGCUCCAUAUUGGAGAACCAAAGUGUGGAUACUAUUGGCCACGGCGUCUCUUCUUCUUAGCUGCUGUGGUUUCGGCCUGUCCACGGCCUCACGGACUAGCGGCUUGAAGCCGCUGGGGAGGAGUCUGGAACGAGGGGUCAUGUCCCAUGAGCGGGUCAAGAGAGGCUGGGUCUGGAACCAGUUCUUUGUGGUGGAGGAGUACACGGGCACCGAGCCCCUCUAUGUGGGCAAGAUCCACACGGACUCGGAUGAUGGCGAGGGCAACACCAAAUACACCAUCUCCGGCGAGGGGGCAGGCUCGAUCUUCAUCAUCGAUGAACUGACAGGAGACAUCCACGCCACCGAGCGACUGGACCGUGAAGAGAAGGCUUUCUACACGCUUCGGGCCCAAGCGCGAGACCGGCUAACCAACGACCCACUGGAACCGGAGUCGGAGUUUGUCAUCAAGGUCCAGGACAUCAACGACAGCGAACCCAAGUUUCUGGAAGGGCCUUAUAUCGGAAGUGUGGCCGAGCUCUCUCCGGCAGGCAUCAUCCUGACGGCUGUGGCGGAUCUGGACCGCGAGACACAAGAUCGCUACGAGUUGGUGGUCAAAGCGACGGACAUGGCGGGCCAGAUGGGUGGUCUCUCGGGCUCCACCACCGUGACCAUAGUCAUCACAGAUGUCAACGACAACCCGCCCCGCUUCCCACAGAAGAUGUACCAGUUCUCGGUGUCGGAGGGGGCGGCGGUGGGCACCUCGGUGGGCCGGGUCAUCGCCAGCGACGCAGACAUGGGCGAGAACACGGACAUGAGUUACCUCAUCACAGACCAGGACGGAGGGGAGCUCUUCAAGGUCAGCACUGACACGGAGACGCAGGAAGCGGUCAUCUCCAUCAAGAAGCCUCUUGAUUUUGAGAGCAAGCGAACACACAACGUGGUUGUGGAGGCGGUGAAUAAGCACGUCGACCCCCGCUUCGAGGACCUGGGCUCCUUCCGAGACCAGACCAUCGUCCAGGUGAGCGUGUCGGAUAUUGACGAGCCACCCGUCUUUCGACCGGUGGAAGGCGCUAUCAUGGAGGUGCAGGAGGAUGCCAGACUGGGAGCAUUGGUUGGCAUUGUCACGGCCAGGGACCCGGAUAUCGAGAACGUCCCCGUCAGGUUCUCCAUAGAUCGAAGCACAGAUGAGGAGAUGAUCUUCAACAUUGACUCAGUAUCUGGUGCCAUCACCCUGGGGAAGAUCUUGGACCGCGAGACGGCAGGCUGGCACAAUAUCACUGUGACUGCAGAGGAAGCAGAUAAUGCCGCGAUGGUGUCCCACACCGCAGUGAGUAUACGUAUCCUGGAUGUCAACGACAACCCUCCUGAACUGGCCACACCGUAUGAAGCCUCCAUAUGUGAGGACGCCAAGCCCGGCCAGCUGAUCCACACCAUCAGCGUGGUGGACCGAGACGAGCCCCAGUCCGGACAUCGUUUCUACUUCACCCUGGCCCCCGAAGCGUCCAGCAAUCGACACUUCACCCUCUGGGAUGUCAAAGACAACACGGCCGGGAUCCGUACUCAGCGGUCUGGUUUUAACCGCCAUGAGCAGAACGUUUACUUCCUGCCCAUCCUGGUGGUGGACAGCGGGCCUCCGUCACUCAGCUCCACCGGCACCCUCACCAUCCAUGUCUGCGGCUGCGACACAGAUGGAGCCAUCCAGUCCUGCAAUGCUACAGCGUAUGUGAUGAGUGCUGCCCUGAGCCCCGGGGCGCUCAUAGCACUGCUGGUAUGCAUACUCAUCCUCAUAGUUCUAGUUUUGCUGAUCCUGACCCUUAAGCGCCACAAGAAGGGGCGGCGGAUGGCAGAGGAUGAGGAGGACAUGAGGGACAACGUCAUCAAAUACAACGACGAGGGUGGCGGUGAGCAGGACACCCAGGCGUAUGACAUGAGUGCCCUGAGGAACCUGUACGACUUUCCCGAGGCCAAGAGUGCCGACUCCGGCCUUGACAUACGCUCGCUGCCACAGUGGAUCCAGGCCGGCCACAUGGCCGGCGCAGAAGGAGGCGGCACCACAGCGGACUUCUCCCUGUUCAAAGGCUACAUAUGCAAGAAAGUGGAGCAGGCCGACGCCGACCUGUCAGUGCCGCCGUACGACUCCUUCCAGACGUACGCCUUCGAGGGCACCAGCUCGCCGGCGCUCUCGCUCAGUUCCAUCCACACACUGUCCACCACAUCCGAGCAGGAUUUCUCCUACCUCAGUGACUGGGGGCCGCGGUUCCGUCAGCUAGCGGGCUACUACGCCCCGGCUAACCACGAGGAGGAGGAGUCCUAG